AGUCGGCUUCUUUCCUCGGACUUGGGUGCUUGCUCUCGUCGUGCUCCGUGAAAGUCCCUUCCGUUUUUACUGUCGCUAAAAAGUGCACAAUUAUUGUCCAUUUCGAGUUUUACUGAAGUGUAAAUCGAACGUAAAUCCUUGCUAGUUACGUUGAAGUCAAAUGUAACAAACGGCGAGGUGGUUUUCCUGUUGAAAACUCAACAGUUUCACAGCUAGUGCUUGGAAGGACUUUGACGUCGCAGUCGUCGUCGAGAGCUAGUGUGUGAUUUUCUUGGACUUAGAAAAAUUUGCUGCCAGUUCGAAGGUUCGCUCGCUGGCACAUUUUUUGUUCGCGAAAGUUUAACCUGGUCCCAGCAGGAUGAGUGUCGAGGUGGAAGCUGCAAACUUGCAGGACUCUUCCAAACAGGUAAACGGCGACCGGUUAAAUGGUGUGAGCAACGGUCAUUCGGUCGGAGAUGGGGCCAACGCUGUAGCAAGCGAUAAGGAGCGCGAGGAGCGCCAUAAAAGCCACAAGAGCUCCAGUAAGGACAAACAUCGGGACAAGGAUCGGGAUCGGGAGAAGGAUAAGCAUCGCGAUCGCGAAAAGGACAAGCAUCGCUCCUCGGAUAAGGAUAAGGACAAAGAUCGAGAUAAACACAAAAGUAGCAGUUCGUCUUCUAAGGAUAAAGAUCGCGAGAAAGACAAAUCCAGUAGUAGUAAGGACAAGGAUCGGCACAGCAGUUCGCACAAGAGCUCCCGAAGUGAUAAGGAUCGCGACCGCGAGAAAGAUAAGGAUCGGUCGAAGGAUAAGGAGCGAUCAAAGGAUAAGGAACGGUCGAAGGAUAAAGAUCGCGACAAAGAUAAAGAACGCGAGAAAGACAAGGAUCGGGAAAGGAAGGAUCGUGAUAAAGACAAAGAAAAAUCUAGUAGCAGUAAGGAUAAGGACCGUGACAAGCACAAAAGCAGCUCAUCCUCAUCGUCGCAUCGGGACAAAGACAGAGAUCGCGAAAAAGACAAGCACAAGAGCAGCAGCAGCAGUAGCAAAGAUAAGGACAAACAUUCCAGCAGCAGCAGAGAUAAAGAAAAGGAUCGUAAAGAUCGCGAGCGCAGUGACAAGCACUCUUCGUCCUCUAAAGAUAAGGACCGGGACAGGAAGGACAAGAUAAAGGAGGAACCGGCGGUACAGCAAGAGAGCGUCAUCAAAUCUGAAUCUGCUGCCGAAGUCAAGCCGGAAACUGAUCGACCGUUCUUCAAUGGAGUCGAAAGCAACGAAUCCUCUCAAGAUGUCAAGGAAAUUAAACAGGAAGAUCCGCUGGAUAUUGACGCUUCGCGGGCCAGCUCGUGUGACUAUUCGAUGUCUCAGUUCCGCGCAGACGAAAGUGCCUUCGUCAUAAAGGAGGAAGCGCCGGAUCCAGAUCGUGUUCAGUACGAGGGAGAGGAACAGGAUGAAACCAAUCAGUUUGCGGUCAAGCAGGAAUCGGACUCCGAGGAUGAUGUGCCACUUUCGAAGCGCAAGAAGAAGGACGCCGACGAGGACUUUGAUGCUGGGAACAAGAAGAAAAAAAUAAAAAUGGAGAAAAAGGACAAAAAGGCGAAAAAGAAGAAGCGCGCCUAUGAAUCUGAACCGGAAGACGAUGACAACGAGGAACAGGAAGAGGAUUACGGCCGCUCUAAGAAGCAAGCUAAAAAGGCGAAAAAAACUGUCAAGCAGGAAACUAAAACUAAGAUCAAAACCGAGGAAGCUGCCAGUCCUACUAAAGGUCGAAAAAAGAAGAAGGAAGAGGAAGAACAGGAGGUUUGGAAAUGGUGGGAAGAAGAAAAGCGUGACGAUGGUGUUAAAUGGAACUUCCUGGAGCAUAAGGGACCGGUGUUUGCACCGCCCUACGACCCUCUUCCGGACAACGUUAAGUUCGAGUAUGACGGUAAGGUGAUGAAGUUGUCACAGGACGCGGAGGAGGUUGCCGGUUUCUACGCGCGUAUGCUGGAGCACGACUACACUUCCAAGGAGAUGUUCAACAAUAACUUCUUUAAAGACUGGCGCAAAUCGAUGAACUCGUCGGAGCGGGAAAAAAUCAAGGAUCUCAAAAAGUGCAACUUCCGGUACAUGCACAAAUAUUUCGCUGAUCUGUCGGAGAAGAACCGCAACCGAACCAAGGAGGAAAAGGCGGCGUUGAAGGAAAAGAACGAAGCGUUGGUUAAGGAGUACGGUAUUUGCAUCAUCGAUGGCCACAAAGAAAAGAUCGGUAACUUCCGCAUUGAACCUCCCGGGCUCUUCCGUGGUCGUGGUGAACAUCCCAAGAUGGGUAUGGUAAAGCGACGUGUCAUGCCAGAAGAUGUUAUCAUAAAUUGUGGGAAGGAUAGCCAGUGGCCAAAGGCCCCGGAUGGUCACCGUUGGAAGGAAGUUCGUCACGACAACUCGGUAUCGUGGUUGGCUUCUUGGACGGAAAACGUUCAGGGACAGGUGAAAUACGUCAUGCUGAACCCAAGCUCCAAGUUGAAGGGCGAGAAAGAUUGGCAAAAGUACGAAACCGCCAGACGCCUGUUAAAGCAUAUUGAUAAGAUUAGAAACACGUACCGCGAUGAGUGGAAGAGCAAGGAGAUGCGAAUACGGCAACGUGCGGUUGCGCUAUACUUUAUCGAUAAACUUGCGCUGAGAGCUGGUAACGAGAAGGAUGAAGAUCAAGCGGAUACGGUAGGUUGCUGCUCGCUGCGUGUCGAACAUAUCGAACUGCACAAGGAACUCAACAAGAAGGAGAACGUGGUGGUGUUCGAUUUUCUCGGUAAAGAUUCCAUCCGGUACUACAACGAGGUGGAAGUCGAAAAGCGUGUUUUCAAAAAUCUCGAACUAUUCAAGGAGAACAAAAAACCCGGUGAUGACCUGUUCGAUCGGUUGAAUACCACCGUGAUGAACGAACAUUUGCGAGAUUUGAUGGAUGGACUUACGGCAAAGGUGUUCCGUACGUUUAAUGCUUCCUUCACGCUACAGAACCAGCUGGCCGAACUGACCGAUCCGGAUAUGACCGUGCCGGAAAAGCUGCUUGCCUAUAAUCGAGCGAACCGUGCUGUGGCCAUUUUGUGUAACCAUCAACGUGCAGUUCCCAAAACGCACGACAAAAGCAUGUCCAACCUGAAGGAAAAGAUUCGUCUCAAGUACGAGGCUAUCGAAACCUGCGAACAGGAACUAAGGGAUUUAAAGAAGAGUUCAGUUCGGGACAAGGUAGUACGCGACAAGAAGCAGAAACAGCUGGAGCGACUCAAUGAACAGUUGAAAAAACUUGAACUACAAGAGACUGAUAGGGACGAGAACAAGACGAUCGCCCUCGGUACUUCCAAGCUGAAUUACCUCGAUCCUAGGAUUUCCGUUGCAUGGUGCAAAAAAUUCGACGUCCCAAUCGACAAAAUCUUCAACAAAACCCAACGCGACAAGUUCCGAUGGGCGAUCGAUAUGGCCGAUGAAACUUACGUCUUCUAGGCGGCAAAGUUUUCGCUUGUUUCUCAGUUCCUUUUUGGCAACGAUAAUGACGACGACGACGAGGACGAUAGGGAACCCGCAACAAAACCAAGUAAUAAUUCAACUUUCAAUCGUCUAAUGUCGAAGUGAGAUAUUAGAGAACACGACGUCUCGGUAGCUGUAUUUUUGGGGGAUAUUAAGGUGAUAAUCAUUAUUUUAUUGAAAUUGAGUUCCCAACAAACUAGGCAAAGCAAAGUAUGCCAGGGCACAUACGAAAGCGUGCUUACUACGAGGAGGAAGAAACAGUGACACGAGUUAUGUGGGAUCCGUUUGUAAAAAGUUUACAUAUUUAUUAACAGGUAGAAGUUUACCCAUACACAUACAAAACAAAAAGAAACAACAAUAAUGAAAUAAAGUGAAGCCGCGUGACUGUCAUCAAACCGCCGUGAGAGUGAGGUGAAAUCGAAACCGAAAAAAAACGGUUUUUAUUUAGAUGUAGUUUAAUUUAUCUUCUCCGAAGUACAUCAUUCAUUUGGAGAAGGUUUGUUUUAGAAUAUACUUCUGUUCCCAAUUUUAUGUCCUGUCUAAUAUUUUAAAUGAUGUGAAAACAGUGAUGGGACGCUGUGCCGUUUAUCGUCACAAUUGUGACGUGAAACGAUGGACAGAAAAUCAGACUAACGGAGAAUAACACUGCGUACAUCGGUAGUGUUCCGCAUCUCUAGUUUGUAAGUAGUAGCAAUUCAAAUUGUGGGGAAAAAAUUGAUCAAAAUAAACAAUCGAAUGCAAGUACUGUGAGUUGAGUGAUUUGAAAAGUUUCCUUAAGAAAGAUAACAUUUUUUCUGUUCACUUCAAUAUACCAAUAAGAAGAGUGAUUAGCUUUGGAAUGAUCAUGAUUUAAUCAAAUUAGUGCCGAAAUCUAAAGAGAGAGAAAGAGAAUAAAAAACGCCGAAAAUUAAAUACGGAUAAUCUCUGUGGCAAUGGAGCAACUGAUAGUGAAAGGAAAAGAAGGGCAAUUAAGCUAAAAUUAAAUAUUUACACAAACAAACCGCAUAUUCAUAAUCCUAGUAGGCUAUAACCGAUGACUAUUGAGCAGAAAAAUCUAAUACAUGAGCACGGAGAAUCACGUACCAUUUGUAAGGCAAGCAAAACAAAACAAAAAAUCAAGGAUGAAGUGCAGUAAAAAUCAUUUUAUUUUUAAGAAAGCGUUUUAAGAAGAGAGGAGAGCAUUAAACAAAUCUGCAUCGUGUUUUGUUCAAUCGGCAGAUUGACUGAAAUGCAUACCCAGCUGUAACAGAUUGGCCGCUGCCGGGUUCCACAAUGUAACUACACUUUUUUUUAAAUCUUACUAUCGAACCAAUUUUUGCGGUUACCAUUAGUUCUCUUUAUAAAAGUGAACCGGAACCGGUCAGACAUUCAUCAGCUACUAUUAACAAACACACAUACAGACACACACACACCCACAUAUGAACUACUUGAAGUAAGUUAACUAACUGUAGUUGAAUGAAUUAGAAGCAAAAAAGUGUUUCAAAACAAAGAAAAAGUAAUCAAUAAAAAGUGAAAAAGUGAA